CCAUCUGAUUAAACGAGAAGGAAGUGUGGGAGUGGUGGUUUUGAAGCUCUCCCUUUAAGAGGCAGCCUGCAAUGACGAAUUGUUGAAAUUGCCAUUGCAGGAUGGCAUUCCGGUAUAAAUUCAUUGUUCCACCUCCUCUCAUCUUCACUGCUCUCUCUCUUCUCCUCUUGUUCACAUCGGCAGACUGGGGAUAACACCACCAAACAUACAUAAACUCACAGAGGGACAUUAGUUCCCCCAAAAGCGAUACCUACGAGUAAGGGCUUACGGUUCCUGUUCUUCCUCCUUCUCUCUCCAAACAAAACAAUACGAAUAGAACGAGGGCGAAGGAAGCCGCUCGUCCGGGCUGAGCAGAUUUCUCGCCGUCGGAUGACUCUGCUACUGCAAGACAGAAGUGCAAAGUACGCCAACUUCUCUGAUGCCUCCCGGUAACGCGGCGCUUCUCUUCUGCUUCUGCACUCCUGACUCGUUCUGCAAACACAGCAACAGCGUUUGUUAGCUUUCAGGUGGCGCACCCCACUCUUCUCCCGAGUCGAUCGCCUACACGGCGAUCGAUUAACCGGCUGCAGUGCCCACCAUGCUGCUGAAGUUUGUUUGCUCGCUGCUGGCUGUGAGCUUGCACUCUGCUGCUGCCGUUGCCGCCUCUGGAGUUUCCCCAGCAACUUCAGCACCUGCCUAUGAUAAAGCUUUGCAGCUCUCCAAAGCGGCAGCAAUCGCAGGACUCGUACACCCGUUCCUCCGCCAGCGCUGGGAUCGCGAACACCGAGCCAGCGGUCUUGUGGAGAGCGUAGACCGGACCUACUUCGGGGGCGGCAAGGUGGGCUACAUUCUUUACUUGGAGGGGAAGCGGUUUCUCCUCGAUCUAGAAAAGGACGCGCUCCUCGGGUCUGCCGAGCAGCUGCUCCAAGGCAAGGGCCACUGCUACUACCGGGGCACGGUGGAUGGGAACUCCCAGUCCUUGGCCCUCUUCAACCUUUGCGGCGGGCUGGAUGGCUACUUUGCGGUCAAACACGCCCGCUACACAAUGAAGCCUAUGCUCUGGAGUAAGAGGGGGGAAGAGCCCGCUAGGGAGAAGAUCUAUGGGGAUGAGUCCACCCAGGUGUUACACCUCUUCUUCAGGGAUCAUUUCAGCUUCGAAACAUUGCCUUCUCGUCCCAGCUGCGAAACUCGUGGCUCUUCUAGGCCCCGGCUUCUAAAUCAAAAAAGACUGGUCAAGGGACAAGAGAUGCUGGAGAUGGAUUUCACCAUCAGGGCAGCGCUCCCCUCCACCUUCUCCCAGAAAGUGCGUUCUAGGAGCAGGAACAAACGCUCCAUUUCAAGGGCCAGGCAGGUGGAACUACUCUUGGUGGCUGAUGACUCAAUGGCUAAGAAGUAUGGCAAAGGUCUCCAUCAUUACCUGCUGACUUUAGCCACCAUUGCCUCCCGGCUCUAUGGCCAUGCCAGCAUUGAGAACCAUAUCCGCCUGACUGUGGUGAAGAUGGUGGUGCUGGGUGACAAAGAGAAAGGGCUUGAGGUAAAUAAGAAUGCAGCCACUACACUCAAGAACUUCUGUAAGUGGCAGCACCAACACAACCAGCUGGAUGACGAUCAUGAGGAACACUAUGAUGCUGCCAUCCUCUUCACCCGUGAGGAUUUAUGUGGGCAUCAUUCAUGUGAUACUCUGGGAAUGGCUGACGUUGGAACCAUAUGCUCCCCUGAGCGCAGCUGUGCGGUGAUUGAAGAUGACGGCCUCCAUGCAGCUUUUACAGUGGCUCACGAAAUUGGACACCUUCUUGGACUUUCCCACGAUGACUCCAAAUUCUGUGAGGAGAAUUUUGGUUCUAUGGAAGAUAAGCGACUUAUGUCUUCCAUCUUAACAAGCAUUGAUGCUUCCAAACCAUGGUCUAAAUGCACAUCAGCAACAAUAACAGAAUUUCUGGAUGAUGGCCAUGGUAACUGUUUACUGGAUCAACCACGAAAACAGAUCUUGGGGCCUGAGGAGCUUCCAGGACAAACAUAUGAUGCCAUUCGUCAAUGCAAGCUGGCAUUUGGGCCUGAAUACACAGUGUGUCCUGGAAUGGAUGUGUGCUCUCGUCUGUGGUGUGCGGUUGUUCGCCAAGGUCAGAUGGUGUGUUUGACGAAAAAGCUCCCUGCUGUGGAGGGGACGCCAUGUGGAAAAGGAAGGAUCUGCCUUCAGGGAAAAUGUGUUGAUAAAACAAAGAAAAAAUACUAUUCGGCUUCGAACCAUGGGAAUUGGGGAUCCUGGGGGCCAUGGGGACAAUGCUCUCGGACGUGUGGUGGAGGUGUUCAGUUUGCCUAUCGUCACUGCAAUAACCCAGCACCUCGAAACAAUGGACGGUAUUGCACAGGAAAACGAGCUAUCUAUCGCUCAUGUAACAUCGUGUCCUGUCCAGCCAAUGCUAAAGCUUUCCGCCAGGAACAAUGUGAAGCAAGAAAUGGCUACCAGUCAGAUGCAAAAGGUGUCAAAACCUUUGUUGAAUGGGUUCCCAAGUACGCUGGAGUGCUUCCAGGAGAUGUUUGCAAACUGACCUGCCGAGCCAAAGGAACUGGCUAUUACGUCGUUUUCUCUCAAAAGGUGACUGAUGGAACAGAAUGUCGUCCAUAUAGUAAUUCAGUCUGUGUCCGUGGAAAAUGUGUGCGAACAGGAUGUGAUGGCAUUAUUGGCUCAAAGCUCCAAUUUGAUAAAUGUGGGAUUUGUGGUGGAGACAACUCCAGUUGCACAAAAAUUAUGGGAACAUUUAAUAAAAAGAGUAAAGGCUAUACAGAUAUUGUGAAAAUACCUGAAGGAGCAACACACAUCAAAGUUCGACAGUUCAAAGUAAAAGACCAGAGCAGAUUCACAGCCUAUUUGGCCCUGAAAAAGAAAAAUGGUGAGUACCUUGUUAAUGGAAAGUACAUGAUCUCAACUUCAGAAACUAUCAUUGACCUCAACGGAACUGUCAUGAACUACAGUGGCUGGAGUCACAAAGAUGAUUUCUUGCAUGCAAUGGGACAUACAGGCACAAAGGAGACCCUAAUAGUACAGAUUCUUGCUACUGACCCAGCUAAACUAGUGGAUGUCCGCUACAGUUUCUAUGUGCCAAAGAAACAAGAACAAAUCACAAACUCUGUCCCAAGCAACAGCAGCAGUAACAAAUUAAUACCAUCACUCAUCCAGCCCCAGUGGGUGACUGGGCCAUGGCUUUCUUGUUCUCGAACGUGCGACACAGGCUGGCACACAAGAACUGUCCAGUGCAAAGAUGGAAAUGGAAAAUUAGCAAAAGGAUGUCUUCUAUCUCAGAGACCUUCAGCAUUCAAGCAGUGCUUGCUUACAAAAUGUUAACCUGUGGUUGUGUACUUCUUAAGAAAGAGUCUCAUGAAGUCAUAGUCAGCAAACUGACACAAGGUCUACUCAGGCACAGAGAAAACCUAAAACCAGUAUACUUUCAUAUUGUCUGAAAUUAUGGGCAGAAUCUGCCUGUUUGGACCAAAUGAAGAUAUGUACUGCUCUGAGUGGUCACAACAUGAUAUUAAUAUGUUGAAGCAUUCAUUGUCAAAAGCCCUCUGUAUCUGCAAUUAAGAGGAGAAACCAGUAAAUGGUGAUCGUGGGUUAUCUAAAGGUUACAGAAUCAUCUCCCUUUUCUCACCUACCUUUAACACAGCUUGUCAUACUUGCCCAUGAUACCAUAAUACCUUAUUUUAUACUAUUUGUAAAUACUUUUCCUUUGGUAUGUCACUUUAUAUCACUUGAUCCUCUUUCAAAAGAGCAACAGUCUUUUUGUAUGACACAAGUGAUUGACCAAAGUUUGUCUGCAGCCAUGGGGGACUCUUUCAUCUUUUAAAAACAUGGCUGUGGAUCUUUAACUGGAAAAUUAAGAGUUUGCUGCUUUAAAAAAAAUAAUAAUACACUUUUGACAACAGGAGAUACGUUUCCAUUCUAGGAUUUUCCUGACAGAAUGAAUUUCUAUAUCAAUGCGUUUAUCACAAGAAUUUUUCAUUUGUGGGCACUUAUGCAGGAAGAAAAAAUAGCUGCCAGUAUGCUUCUUUAAUAAAACAAAUAAAAAGGG